AUGUCUGACGAAGAGUCGAGCAGUGCGAGUGAUGUUGAUUACAUCCCUUCAGAUGCUGAAGAUGUCAGUGUGGAAGAGAAUUCUGGGGAUGAGGAAAAUCUGGGAGAGUCUGGAGAUGAAUCCCUUUUAAACAAAUCUCUUAAACGAAAAAGAAAGACUGGUCCUGCUCUUCCUGCAAGGAAAAGGCGUGGUGGCAUCAGAUUAGAAGAUGAAUUGCCUGAUGGAUGUGAAGCUGAUCCAGAAACACUUCGUUUGGAUGAGGAACGACGUCAAAAACAAAAGGAACAAAUGGAGGAAAAUUUAAGACAACACGAAGAGAAAGAAAAAAGAAGAUCAGAGUCUCUUUGGCAGAGUUUCCUCUCGGAUGUUGGAUCUCGGCCGACCAACAGAUCAGGGGCCAGUGGCAGGUCAAGCACUGGAUCAUUGACUUCACUUAGCAGUCCUGUGGGUAACAGAAGUCCUGGUGAUGGAGCUUCAUCAUCUCCGAUGCAAACAAAUGGCUCUGAUGCCAGCUCCCCCAUAAAAGCCACCACCCCACAGAAAGUGACUGUCACAAAAGUGUACGAUUUUGCCGGAGAGGAAGUCAAAAUCUCCAAAGAAGUUGAUGCAAAUUCAAAAGAGGCAAAAGAAGAAUUGUCUAACAAAUCCAUUCGGCAAGCUCCCACUGACGGCUCUUCACCUCCAGAAACUGGCCCUAACGUUCCCUCCCUCCAAGGCAGCAGUGGCAGCAUCACUGGAUCUGGAUCAUCAUCUACAUCAUCGAGCAGGUUGUUAUUUGCAAAUAAGCGUCCAGGAGGUGGCAGUGGCCUAGGAAGUCUCCUCAAUAAGAUUGGCAAAAAACCCAAAAUCAGCACUUUGGAUAAAUCUAAAUUAGAUUGGGAUACCUUCAAACAUUCUGAAGGUAUUGAAUCUGAGUUAGUACAACACAAUCGAAGCAAACAGUCUUAUCUGGAACGAAUGGCCUUUCUUGACCGUACUGACCACCGACAAUUUCAAUUAGAAAAGGCUAUGAGACAAUCAAGCAACAGGAGCAGGAAAUGCGUUAAUCCUUUUGUGAAGAAAAAAAGAGAGGAAAUGUUCCCCCCUCCCAAUUUCAUUUAUGUCUGCUUCUUUUUAUCUAAACUCAUGUUUUCAUCUGAAACAUUUUUUUUCUUCUGUACAAUCUUUGAUAUUCAAUGA